CGGACGGGCCGCCGCCUCGGUCCUGCGUUCAGCGCCGCCCGCGGGAUCCCGACGCGUGAAGGGGGCGCGCCCGGGCGGCGCGGCGGGCCUCGGACGUCCCGGCCCCGCACGGACUAGCCGCGGCAGCAGAGGAAGGGUCCACAUCCCACCUCAUCAUGUCCCGAAGAAGCCAGCGCCUUACGCGCUACUCCCAGGGUGACGAUGAUGGCAGCAGCAGCAGUGGAGGGAGCUCAGUCACCGGGAGCCAGAGCACCCUGUUUAAAGACAGUCCUCUCAGGACCUUGAGGAGGAAAUCCAGCAACAUGAAGCGGCUGUCCCCAGCGCCACAGCUGGGCCCCUCCUCUGAUGCCCACACCUCCUACUACAGCGAGUCCAUGGUCCGGGAGUCCUACAUAGGCAGCCCCCGCGCCGCGUCCCUGGCCCGGAGCGCCCUCGAAGACCUGCACAGCGACCCCUACUGGAGUGAAGACCUGCGGGUGAGAAGGAGGAGAGGCACAGGUGGCACCGAGAGCAGCAAGGUGAACGGGCUCGCGGAGAGCAAGGUCUCCGAGGACUUCCUCGGCUCUUCUUCUGGCUACUCCUCCGAGGAUGACUAUGUGGGCUACUCAGACACAGACCAGCAGAGUUCAGGGUCGAGGUUAAGGAGCGCCGUCUCACAGGCAGGCUCCUUUCUCUGGAUGGUGGUCACUUCUCCAGGCCGGCUCUUCGGACUUCUCUACUGGUGGUUUGGUACCACCUGGUACCGCCUGACGACGGCUGCCUCUCUCCUGGACGUCUUCGUUUUAACCAGGCGCUUCUCAUCCCUGAAGACAUUCCUCCGGUUCCUGCUGCUCCUGCUGCUUCUGACCUGCCUGACGUACGGUGCCUGGUAUUUCUACCCCUAUGGGCUGCAGACGUUGCACCCGGCUGUGGUUUCCUGGUGGGCAGCGAAGGACAGCAGGCGGCAGCACGAGGGCUGGGACUCCAGAGACUCACCGCAUUUCCAGGCUGAGCAGCACAUUCUGUCCCGGGUGCACUCUCUGGAACGACGUCUGGAAGCUCUUGCUGCUGAAUUUUCCUCCAACUGGCAGAAGGAGGCCCUGCGGCUGGAACGCUUGGAGCUGUGGCAGGGGGCUGCUGGCCACGGAGGCAGUGGUGGCCUGAGCCAUGAGGACACCCUGGCACUGCUGGAGGGGCUAGUGAACCGCCGCGAGGCUGCCCUGAAGGAGGACUUGCGCAGGGACGCCGCUUCCCGCCUGCAGGAAGAACUGGCCACCCUGCGAGCAGAACAUCAACAAGACGCAGAAGACCUCUUCAAGAAGAUCGUCCAAGCCUCCCAGGAGUCUGAGGCUCGUAUGCAUCAGCUGAAGUCAGAGUGGCAAAGGAUGACCCAGGAGUCCUUCCGGGAGAGCUCCGUGAAGGAGCUGGGGCGGCUGGAGGACCAGCUGGCGGGCCUGCGGCAGGAGCUGGCAGCCCUGACCCUGAAGCAGAGCUCAGUGGCGGAUGAAGUGGGCCUGCUGCCUCAGCAGAUCCAGGCUGUGCGGGAUGACGUGGAAUCUCAGUUCCCUGCCUGGAUCAGUCAGUUCCUCCUCCGAGGUGGGGGAACUCGCACUGGGCUUCUUCAGAGAGAGGAGAUGCAAGCUCAGCUGCAAGAGCUGGAGAGCAAGAUCCUCGCCCACGUUGCACAGAUGCAGGGCAAGUCAGCCAGGGAGGCUGCAGCCUCCCUGGGACUGACGCUGCAAAAAGAAGGCGUGAUCGGGGUGACAGAGGAGCAGGUGCACCGCAUUGUGAAGCAAGCCCUGCAGCGCUACAGCGAGGACCGCAUCGGGAUGGUGGACUAUGCCCUGGAAUCCGGAGGGGCCAGCGUUAUCAGCACCCGAUGCUCCGAGACCUAUGAGACCAAGACGGCCCUCCUCAGCCUGUUCGGCAUCCCCCUGUGGUACCACUCCCAGUCACCCCGGGUCAUCCUCCAGCCAGAUGUGCAUCCAGGCAACUGCUGGGCCUUCCAGGGGCCCCAGGGCUUUGCUGUGGUCCGCCUUUCUGCCCGCAUCCGCCCCACGGCUGUCACCUUAGAGCACGUGCCCAAGGCCUUGUCGCCCAACAGCACCAUCUCCAGCGCACCCAAGGACUUUGCCAUCUUUGGGUUUGAUGAAGACCUGCAGCAGGAGGGGACACUUCUUGGCAAGUUCACCUACGAUCAGGAUGGCGAGCCCAUUCAGACCUUUCACUUUCAGGCCCCUCAGAUGGCCACAUACCAGGUGGUGGAGCUGCGGAUCCUGACUAACUGGGGCCACCCCGAGUACACCUGCAUCUACCGCUUCAGGGUGCACGGGGAGCCUGCCCACUAGCCCUGCUUUCUCGUGCCUGCCGCCGGCCGCCUGGGAGUGGGUGAGCAGUACCCACCGCUUCCUCCACACGCUUGAUCAGCACUCUGACUUUCGGGAGCAAGAGCCAGGAGCGCUGGCCACAUGGAGACGAGAAGGCACGGGCAGCUCGAGGCGGCCAGCAGGCUCGGGUGGUUCCUUUCACUCUGCCUUCUGCUCAGGCAGUGCUGAGUGGCGUCCCCUUCCCCCUGGGAGCGUGUACAUAUGUAGCAUAUCAUGGGGGAUGGGGAGGGGGGAGAGGUGAGCUCCGACUGCCCCCUGCCCAGGGUGGGGGGCUGCACCUAGGAGCUGCUGUGGGGGGGCAUGUGGAGGAAGCAGGUGCCAAAGCUGUGGGAGGGGUGGCCACCCCCUCCCCUGGCAGGGAAGUGGGACCCUCUGGGAGGAAGGCUCUCGGCACAGGGCAGGAUGGGACUGUCCCCAGGCAGGAAGUGCCUGGUGUAGGGCUUCUGGGCUCUUAGAGCAAGACUAGUGCCAUCAUCCUAGGGAAGCCUGAACCACAGGGUCCCUGAGGAGCAUCUAUAGAAGCCUGUUAUUUGUCCCAGGCAGAAAUGGGCCAUGGGGCUUCCUGUACCCUAGAGGGGCCUAGCUCUUGCGAGCCUCUGAAGGCUGCUGCCUGUGUGGCUCUGAGGGCCUGGGCCAGCCCUGCAGGCUUCUCCUCUGCAAAGGGGAGUAGUUCCUUUUCUCUCUCCUGGUCCAGUGACACUGCCAAUGGUGGUGUCCAGGGUGUCAGGAGGGCUGUCUGCACUUGUACACCCCCAACUGGUCAGGCACUAGUGUCAGGGCCCUACCCUCAGGCUACCCGCUUGGGCUCUUUCAGCUCUUGCUCAGAUCCUGUCUCCUUUCUGGCUUGUUCUCUAAGGGGACAGUUGGUAGGGGAUGGCUGGCAGAACUUACCCUGGGUAGGGAAGAUGAGGAAGGGGCUUUUAGACCUAGCAGGCCCUACUGUAUUAUGUAUAUAUUUUUCAAGGUCUGUUUUUUAACUGAAAAGCUAAGGGCUUGAUUCCUAGCCCCGUUCUGUGGGGCACUGGGUGAUACUCGGUUCCUUGUUCCUGGCUGGGGAGGGGGCUUGGGCCUGCGUGGAACAGGCAGGAGGGCUGCUGUGUGGACAGGUGCCCUUUGUUACAGGGCUGGGCCCCGAAGUGGCUCUGGAGCAGGUGGUGGUGAGCAGCUGUUCCUGUCCCUCUAUCGCUGGCCCCCUCGGCCCCGCCCCACCCUGCAACGGCCAGGUGGUGUUUUGCGCUCUCCUGUCACAAAUGCUGCACUACUGGUUUUUACGUUUUUUAUCUCCAGAUUCUAAUUUAUGCCUAUGCAAAAAAUAAACAAUGCCCAGGAUCAAUGA